AUGGCGUCUACCACCAUCUACAUCGACGAAGACGUCGGUAGAGACGAGUCCCCCGCCAACGGUACCGAGACCGCCCCCUACAAGACCCUCGUCCACGCCUAUGUGGAACCCCCCCCCACCACUGAAGGCAUCCAGUACCUCACUCGCAAGUCCCAGACCGACGCCGCCGGGGAGGAUGUCGACCCCGCAGCCAAAUUGGAGUGGAAGCCCGCCACCAAGUCGGCAAUGAAGAAGGCCAACAACCUUUGGGAGCAGCGCAAGAAGAAGGCCGCCAAGGAACAGGAAUUGGCCAUCCGCGAGAAGGCCGAGGCCGACAAGCGCCAGAAGGUCCUUGAGGAGGCCAAGAAGGUCGUGAUCAAGGAGGACACCUCGCUGCCCAAGCCCGUGCGCGUUCGUCUGGACGUCACCGACCCGGCCAUCAUCAAGCUGCGCACCCCUGAGUCCGAUGAGGCCGGCACUCGAGUCCGCGUUCUGGGCCGAGUUCACCGUGCCCGCGCCCAGAAGGAUGUCGUCUUCAUCACUCUCACCGACGGCUAUGGGUACCUGCAGUGUGUCCUGACCGGUGACAUGGUCAAGACCUACGACAUCAUGACCCUCACCCUCGAAACCUCCAUGUCCAUCCACGGCGAGAUGCGCGCCGUGCCCCCCAAGCAGCAUGCGCCCAACGACCGCGAGCUGCACGCCGACUUCUUCGAGAUCAUCGGCAAGGCCGCUGGUGACAAGGAGGCUAUUACCACGCGUGUGGCGCCGGACGCCGACCCGCAGACUCUCUACGACAACCGCCACUUGGUGCUGCGCGGUGAGACCUCCUCCUCCGUCAUGAAGGUGCGCGCCGCUACUCUGCGGGCUUUCCGCAAGGCAUUCGAGGAGACCCGCAUGCUGGAGGUGACCCCUCCCGCCAUGGUGCAGACCCAGGUCGAGGGUGGCAGCACUCUGUUCGGAUUCGACUACUACGGCGAGAACGCCUACCUGACCCAGUCCUCCCAGCUGUACCUGGAGACAUGUCUCCCCUCCCUGGGUGAUGUGUACUGUGUGUGCCCGUCUUUCCGUGCCGAGAAGUCGUUGACCCGCCGCCACUUGUCGGAGUACACGCACAUCGAAGCCGAGUUGGACUUCAUCACCUUCACUGAUCUGCUUGACCACCUCGAGGAUGUGAUCUGCCGCGUGAUUGACUACACUCUGGCUGAGCCCGAGAUCGCUGGAUAUAUCAAGCAGCUCAACCCGGAUUUCAAGCCCCCGUCCCGUCCCUUCCGUCGCAUGAAGUACGACGAUGCUAUCCAGUGGCUGAUCGAGCACGAAAUCCCUAACGAGGAGGGCCAGCCCCACAAGUUCGGUGACGAUAUUGCUGAGGCUGCUGAGCGUCGCAUGACCGAUAUCAUCAACCAGCCCAUCUUCCUGACCCACUUCCCUGCCAACAUCAAGGCCUUCUACAUGAAGAAGGCUCCCGAGGACCGCCGUGUCACCGAGAGUGUCGACGUUCUCAUGCCCGGAGUUGGCGAGAUCGUCGGAGGCAGUAUGAGAAUGGACGACUGGGAUGAGCUGAUGGCCGCCUACAAGCACGAGGGCAUGGACCCCUCGCCCUACUACUGGUACACUGACCAGCGCAAGUAUGGUACCUCCCCUCAUGGUGGUUACGGUCUCGGUCUCGAGCGUUUCUUGGCCUGGCUGUGCGCUCGUUAUACCGUCCGUGACUGCUCAUUGUACCCCCGGUUCACUGGCCGUUGCACUCCUUAGAUAUGUUAAAA